AUGGCUGAACAAGAGCAAGAAAGUGCUCGAGUUAGAGCUGAAUUAGACGAAAUCAAGGGGGGCAUGUCCCAGAUGAGAGAAAUGCUCGAAGCUUUGACUUUCAGAUUUGAAGCUCCACAAGCGACUGUGAUUUUGGAGAUCACGGGCCCAGCAGUCGAAGUUCAACUUCAGAGGUCUUUACCUUCAACCCUACCUCCCUAUGGGUUACCUUACGACUUCAUCCCUAGAGUAGAGGUAGUGCAUGCCAUGGGGAAAUUUGUCCAACAAGCUGUGUCAUUGCCAGUUUACACCGAUGCACGCCCAGUCGUCCAUACUAUUGCUCCACCAGUUGCCUAUGUUAGGUAUGUUCUGCAUUUUGAAGAUCAACAUCAUCUAUAUUCGACUUUCGAAUCAACCGUUAGUGGUGAUGAAGUGAGAUUUGAAGAUUUCAGAGAAGUGAAAGAGAACAUGCAAGUCCUUGAGAAGAAGUUUCGAGCAUUGGAAGGAGACCACGUCAUUGGUUCUGCUGCCAAAGAAAUAUGCCUUGUAUCUGGGUUGGUGAUUCCGACUAAGUUCAAAACUCUAGAUUUUGACAAAUCUAAGAGGCAUACUUGCCCAAAAAGCCAUCUCAUCAUGUAUUACCGUAAAAUGGCUUCUCACGUGGAAGAUGGCAAGCUGAUAAUCCACUAUUUCCAAGAUAGCUUGAGUGAGGCUCCUUCCAAAUGGUAUUUGAGUCUAGAUCAAAGUAGGAUUAGAUGUUUCCAAGACCUAUUAGAUGCGUUCAUCAAACAUUACAAAUACAACAUGGACAUGGCGCCUGAUAAAAGACAACUGCAAAGCAUGUUCCAGUGCGAUAACGAAUCCUUCAAGGAAUAUGCAUAG